AGAAGUUCCUAUAUAACAUAACAAACGUACCUUAAUCAAAAUCACCACAUGACCUUUGCCAAUUGGUGAAAAAAAAAAAAAACCCUCACAAGAAUAGAAUUCAAAAACUAGGGUUUUCAGAACCCAAAAAAAAACCAUGCAUCGUUCACCCGCCAUGAACCUAAUACAUCGCCAAAUUCUUAGCCACCAGACCCAAACAGCAGUGAUUAGUAACAAGCUCCGGCUCACCCGUCCAUGCGAUGUGUUCAUUAACCAUAGAAGUAUUGACACGAAGAGAACCGUGGCUUCGUUGCUCUACGAUCAGCUUAGGUGGCUCAAGCUCCGACCUUUCUUGGACAAGAAGAGCAUGAAACCGGGCGAUAAGUUGUUUGACAAGAUUGAUAUUGCAAUAAAGGAGUGUAAGAUCGGUAUUGCGAUCUUCUCACCUAGCUAUUGCCAGUCUUAUUUUUGUCUUCAUGAGCUGGCUCUGAUGAUGGAGUUGAAGAAGAAGGUUAUACCGAUCUUUUGCGACAUUAAGCCCUCUCAACUUACGAUUGUUGACAAUGGAAAUGUUCCGGAGAAGGAGGUCCAUAGGUUCAACUCAGCUCUUGAAGAGGCUAAGUACACAGUUGGACUCGCUUUUGAUUCUCAUAAAGGGAACUGGUCUGACGUGGUAACAAGUGCCGCUGAAAUUGUGAUAGAUAGCUUGAUCGAGCUCCAGGAGGAGAAGAAGAAGGAACACCCAAUAAUCCCACACCAAAACACUGGAUUCUCUCCUCGAACCAAGUAAAUGAAGAUGACGUCACGUUAAGAAACUAUACUCGUGAUAUAUACUUAUUUAUUUAUUUAUCAUCUUUGCUGGUUUUGCUUAAUUUAUUUCCAUCACUAAAUAAAUCUGUACCAUGCAUUUUCAUUUCAUUUCAUUUUUUGUUUUUUGGGGAUUGUAAA